AAUUAGUAACACAACUUUCUAUUCUUUCAGAAUUACCAACGCCAGCCAAACAGAAGACUGAUAUACAAUAUACACUACAUGCUAUGUAGAAUUAUACCUACAAUAACAUUCCAUUGACAACGCGGCAUGAGCGGCGGCCAUUUUGUAAACUCGUAGAAACAAGAUGGCGACGGCAGUGAAGACGGUGGUGGAGGCAGACGAGGCUGAGAAACUUUUGGAAAAGAACAGGGUGACGGUGGUACCGCAGGAGGAUGGGUUGGUGUCGGUGAAGAGCUCCAAGAAAGUAAAACUACCAGAGGAUGAGUCUGCGACGGUCGGCGGCGGGCGGUUCACCAUCGGGCCGGCGCCCGAACGCGACUGGGAGAUGGUCCCGCCCGACGGGAAGUGGGGAUGGUGCAUUCUCGUAGGUGCGACGCUAGUGAACAUCCUGAUCCCGGGAACGAUCAAGUCCUUCGGCGUGCUGCUGGUAGAGUUCAACGACGUGUUCGAAGCGUCCGCCUCCGCCUCCAGCGGAGUAGUCGCCCUCUGCUACUUCCUCUACAGCAGUCUAGGUCCCCUAUCCUCCAUCCUGUCCGUAAAAUGGUCUUACCGGACGGUGACCCUCCUCGGAGGGACCUUCGCGGCCUUCGGCAUGAUUUUCAGCAGCUGGGCCUUCAACAUUAGUUAUCUUUACUUCAGUUUCGGGGCGCUAGUAGGCGCGGGCGCGGGUCUCGCCUUCCCGCCGACAGUCUACAUCGUGACGUCAUACUUCGUGCGUCUGCGCGGCCUCGCCAACGGCAUCUGCAUGUCAGGCUCCGCGUUCGGCUCCAUCAUACUGCCGCCCGUGCUGCGAUACCUGCUCGAGACGUAUGGCUACAAAGGGGCCGUACUGAUCCUCGGCGGGAUCAUGCUGAACGUGUGGGCGGCGGCGCUGCUGUUCCAGCCCGUCGAGGAGCACCUGGUCCGCAAAUACAAGGAGCCCGAGGAGGAGGAGGACAACCCGCAGCUGGAACCGUUCAUAGAGGAAGAGCUUCCCGACAUAGAAGACGCGGAACACCCCAAGGUCCUCGUCACCAGCGAAGCGAACACCCCCUCGGGAGGAGACCGGGUCACCAACGGCUCACCCCCCAUCUACCCCUCCCAUGGUAACCUGGACGAGAAAAACUUCUACAGAUCCGCAAGUGCAGCAUUAGUAGGCAAAGAACAUGAAAGGUACAGGAAGAUUUCAGCCCCAGCCAACUCUAAACACGGACUACAACAUAUAUCCAGUAAAGUAUCUACUAUGCCCAGCAAUCCGUCUUUACUAGAUUCUGUACCUGAAGGUAAAGCUAGCAGAGUGAAUUCUACAGAUGCUUUCGGCAAGAAGUUAACUAUACCUAAAACACCUAAGCGUAGCCCGUCUACAUCCAGCUUCCAGUAUAUGUCUACUCCUUUCCAUGGCUCAACUUUAUCCGCGUUUGAGAAGCCUAGUGAAUUCGCAAGUCAAUUCAGCCUUAAAUCGGUAACGGAAAGCUUAGCCCCCAUAACGUACUGCUGCGGAUGCAGAAAGAAGGACACCAAGAAAGAACCUAGCAAAUACUUCGAUUUACAAUUACUGAAAGACCCUAUAUAUCUAGUUAUCUUAUUCUCUAACUGUACCAACGCUAUUUCGUAUACGAAUUUUAUAAUACUUGUGCCGUCUUACGCUAAGGAAUGUGGGUUUGAUAAGAGUUUGGGAGCGUAUUUGUUGUCAAUUAUAUCAUUAUUAGACUUAGUCGGUCGUAUAGGAGGUUCAGCUAUAUCUGAUGUAGUAGCUACCCCUAAGCGCUACUUCUUUAUAUUCGGUUUACUACUUUCAGGACUAAGUUUAGCUGUAUUACCUUUGUUCACAAGCUACGUAGCUAUAAGCGUGUUCUGUUCAAUAUUCGGGCUAGCUUCAGGGAUAAAUACGGGUGUGACAGCGUUAGUAAUGACUGAGAUGUUAGGUACGGAGCGUCUGAUGUCGUCUUACGGUAUUAGUUUGUUCAUAAACGGCAUACUUCAGUUAGUAGGGCCGCCUAUCUGCGGUUUUUGGUUCGAGUACACGCAAUCUUAUAAGUCCUUGUUUGUGACUCUGGGCUUGAUUUUGGUGGGCGGCGGGUGUCUGUGGGGCUUCGUACCUAUUAUAAAUAAAAGAAGAAGAAAGCAGAAGAUGCGUUUAGAGGCGGGAUUGAAAGCGUAGUUUAUUCGACUUUUGAGUGGUUUUCGUUUCGGUGUUCUGUUGAUGUGGUUGUCAC